AUGAAUCACGAUCCUUUCCAUUGGGGUAGACCUUCCGAUGAGCAGUAUGGAGCUUACAAUAAUACAAUUGCCAACGCCUCCCCAUAUCCAAAAAUGAAUACUCAACAACCAAUUGUAACUGGUACUUCUGUAAUUUCAAUGCAGUAUGACAACGGUGUCAUAAUUGCGGCAGAUAACCUUGGAUCAUACGGCUCUCUGCUACGUUUUAAUGAUAUAGAAAGGUUGAUUUGCGUGGGCAAGAAUACUGUUGUUGGUAUUUCUGGAGAUAUUUCCGAUAUGCAGCAUAUUGAACGUCUCCUUGAUGAGAUGGAAAUGGAGAACAACUACGAUAAUUCAUGCGCUGACGACGAAGAGUCUCUGAGACCCAGUUACGUGUUCGAGUACUUGGCAGCAGUAAUGUAUCAGCGCAGGUCUAAAAUGAAUCCGCUGUGGAAUGCGCUGAUCGUUGCCGGUGUAGAAGAGGGCAAACAGUUUUUGAGAUACGUUAAUCUACUCGGUGUUACAUAUUCUUCUCCUACUCUAGCGACUGGAUUCGGUGCACAUUUAGCCGUGCCACUGUUGAGAAGGGUUGUUGAUCAUGAAUCCGACAUUGAAAAGACAAACUUAGAGACUGCUGAAAAGACUAUAGUCGAGUGUAUGAAAGUGCUGUACUACAGAGAUGCACGCUCCUCCAGAAAAUACUCGCUGGCAAUUAUCGACAACGAUAAAGGUCUAAUUUUCAAGAAGAACCAGGAAGUGAGUGAGAUGGUGUGGGGUUUUGCAAAAGAUAUACGCGGUUACGGAACACAGACUGUAUAG